AUGAGGCAGCAAUAUUCACAGCAAGCUAAACCAGACCAACCACAAAACAGUAGCUCAGAACCGAGUCUAGCAGAUUUGGUGAAGCAGAUGGCAACCAGCAGUGUCCAGUUUCAGCAGAGAACAGAAGCCAGCAUCCAGAAUCUGCAAACACAGAUUGGUCAGUUGGCUACAACAGUAAAUGAGCUGAAAUCCCAAGGUUCUGGCAACCUUUCCUCCCAAUCUGUGAGUAAUCCAAGGAAUGUGAGUGCCAUCACUUUGAGAAGUGGCAAGCAGCAUGAAGAUCCAAAUGCUGCAGCAGAAAAAUCAACUUCUGCAGAGAUAGAUGCAACUGAAGAGCAACCAGAGCCAUCCAACAAGAGAGACAAUAGCCAUUCUGAACCAAACAUUUCGCUGCCUUUUCCAAAUAGAGUGACUCAAAAUAAGAAGAUAGUAGAGGCAGAAAUGGACAAGGAGAUCAUGGAAACUUUUAGGAAAGUUGAAGUCAAUAUUCCACUCCUAGAAGCUAUCAAACAAAUUCCAAAGUAUGCCAAGUUUCUCAAGGACUUGUGCACUCAUAGAAGAAGGCAAAAGGGAAAUGAAAAAGUGAGCAUGGGCAGAAAUGUUUCUGCCAUCAUUCAGCCGAGCAUUCCUCCAAAAUGCAAGGAUCCUUGGACUUUCACCAUUCCAUGCAUCAUAGGAAGCGAGCAAUUUAGUCAAGCCAUGUUUGACCUUGGAGCUUCAAUCAAUGUGAUGCCAAAAUCAGUCUACCAGUCUUUGCACAUUGGGAAGCUCAAGCCAACGGGAGUGGUGAUCCAACUUGCCAACCAAAGCAUAGCACACCCUAAGGGAGUUUUAGAAGACGUGUUGGUAAGAGUAAAUGAUCUUAUUUUUCCUGCUAAUUUUUAUGUGUUAAACAUGGAGGAUGAUGUUAAUCAACCAACAUUGAUCUUAGGUAGGCCAUAUUUGAAAACUGCUAAAACUAAGAUUGAUGUACACUCUGGUACUUUAUCCAUGGAAUUUGGAGAUAAAACAAGGUGCAUUUUAAACUGCAUGAUGCCAUGA